AUGGAUGCGAAGUCAGCCUCCAACUCAGAAUCACAGGGGAGCGAGCACGCUGUCAAGAAAAGGGCAUCUCAAGCAUGUCAGUAUUGCCGUGUGCGAAAGAUCAAGUGUGAUUUCCACAAUGCCGGUGUGCCGUGUCAUAAUUGCCGUCUCGAUGAAGUCGAAUGCAUCGUGCCCGAAUCGAGAAGAAGCAGAAAGCAUCGACUUCUGAAACGCAAAAUAAAAGGGCUUGUUUCAUUUCCGCCCCUGAGCCGGAGUGAGGAUGUGAACCGACCUUCAUUUUCGCCGUCAGCUGCCGCCGAAGAUAAAGAUCGAUCCCAGAAGGCUGUUGAACAACGUUCAUACGGAAUAUCAAAACCGACCUCUACCCGAGAUCACGGGCUUCCUGAUCGUUCCGGUCGACAGAAACAUCUGGGUCAACUUGGUGAGCAAGAAUCAAGCCUAGAGACCACUGGCGGAUCAUCGAGUGAGCAACAUCAGGCGCCAAUAGAGCUCCCAUCCUAUAUUCGACCUGUUCGACCGAACAUCAACCCAGACGACGUUGAGUUGCUAGCUCGUCGACAAGCUUUGACGAUACCUGAUAUUGAAAUCCGUGACCAACUACUUCGAUGCUUUGUCCUCUACGUCUACCCGUACAUGCCAAUCAUUGAUCUCCAAGACCUGUUCGAUGCCCUCGAUAACCAAGGGACAUCGAAAAUCAGCCUCACCCUGUUCCAAGCUAUCAUGUUCGCUGGGUCUGCCUACGUGGACCUAGGACUUCUCGUCCGUGCAGGCCACGAGAAUCGACGAGCUGCUCGGGCUGAAUACUACAGGAAAUUAAAGAUGCUCUACGACUUUGAUUGGGAUACCGAUCGAGUCGUGCUCAUUCAAUCACUGCUUUUUGCAACCAAUUGGUAUGUUUCUGAGAAUGACCAGAAAGAUCCCUGGCACUGGCUGGGCAUUUGUAUCUCUACCGCCACCAGCAUCGGAUUGCACCAGAUCAUUACCUACAAUGAACACGGCUUUAUGACGCCGAAGGCACGACGGCUAUGGAGACGCAUCUGGUGGCUCUGUAUCAUGCGCGAUCGAACCAUAGCUGUCACCAUGCGAAGGCCGAUGCAGAUCAGGGACGAAGACAUCCACCUUCCUCCGCUCACGCUUGACGAUUUUGACACGGAUGCCAUCUCGACUUCCAUCCCUACGCUGCAAGGGUGCCCCAUACUACGCAGCACUAUCGUCCGACAGGGUCUGGCCGAAAUGUGCGUCGCCCAUGUCAAUGUCAUGGUGUGCAUGGGUCACAUCGUUUCGAGCCUCUACCACCUGGCCGUCAUGGCUAACUCAGCCUCCACCAAUGGACCAACAAUGCUCUAUAAACCACGGGUGUCCGGCAUCGACGUGAGAAAGGUGGACAUGUUAGAGAAACAACUCGACGUUUGGCGUCAAAGCCUUCCAACGAGUUGCCGCUCUUCACCCAGCGUUACCGACUACCAGGAUAAUGACGAAACCGGAAAUGUGUUCUUCCUCCACAGAGCCGUACUACGAAUGAUCUACCUGAUGGCCAUCGCACACAUCAACCGCCCGCUUAUGUUUAUGCUCGAGAGUAUGUCGACUCGUGAGUCAACAUCGAAAGUUCAAGCAGCAGCCGAACGAAUGGCGGAAAUGUUUCAGUCCCUCGAAGAGCGACAUUUGGUCGGACUACUCCCUCCGCUGUCUGUAGGAUUCAUAAUGUUCACCCUCCCAGCGUUUUUGGUCGAGACGAAGGACAAGGCUCAGAGGUUUGGAGGUCUAGCGAGUCAGUCUUUCGCCUGCUGUAUCCGAGCACUCUGCCAAUUGCGGGACACGUGGCCGAUUGCCGACUACGCCUGUUUUCUGAUCGCCCGAAUGAUGGCGAAAAGUCGCACUGGUGGAUUUUCUUCAAGGGUACACACGCAAUCUUCUGCCGAUUUAGAGCAGCUGGGAAUGCACAUGGUGAGCUCUCCGACCGAUGAUACUGCUCAACCAGCACGGCAAGCUGUGCACCAAACUUCCUUUGCCCUUCCACCGGAAGCAGGAACUGAAGACGCUCUUCGAGCCCCCGACACUGGUAUGGAGGCGAUUCAAAGCAGAGCCUUUUUGGGCUCGACUGCCGUCUCACAUUGGCUAGACCCGGUAUUCUACACUUGGUCAGACUUGGCCUUUGACUGCCCAAUAUCGCCGGCGGAAUUGGUCCUGGGCGAGAGCGGGGAUGGGUUCGACUUGCAGAACGACCUUCUGGCUUUCUCGAAUAACUACUACGAGGCCGGUCAGAUGUCCUAG